CUUGAAACGAAGGAGUGAGAAUGGCGCGCGUGGUGCUCGCCGCCGUGCUGCUGGCGGCGUCGGUGGUGGCCGUUAGCGGCCAGUACCGGCGAUACAGGCAGCGUGACUUUGGCUAUCCGGAGAGGCAGAGCUUGAACGCCGUCCACUCCGGCGAAGCACCUGCUCCCGCCGCGGUCCCCGCCGGCUACAAGGACAUCAGCCGCAGCCACGGCGGUGUCUACGUAGAAGAAAUGUCCAACAGCUACGUUUUGGGCGGCGCCAGGAGGCGCCGACGUAAUCGCUUCAGGCUCGUUGACGUCCCCAACGAUCAGGGUGGAUUCGGUGGACAGUCAGCACCACAGCCUCGGAUACCGGGACAGGACAACCUAGGCGGCGCCGGUUUCCAGGGCGCCGCAGUUCCCCCUGGUGUCCACGUAGAGGUGGGCGUUCCCGGCUUUCCAUCUGAGACGGGUUCUCUUGACCAGGCCGGAUUGAACAGCCUGGGAUUGGGGAAGAACUUCGAACAGGGAGGUGCUGGUUCACAGGGAGCGCAUGGUUCCGGAGGUCACGGCCUCGGCGAGAACACGCCGGCCCAUCCAGCGGCCGGUAAGGCAGGGGCCCCGGGUGCGGCCGGAGCUCCAGGACAGCCGGGUCAGCCAGGUCAACCGGGUCAGCCAGGACAGCCGGGCACUCGCGCACCAGCCACAGGUUCCGGGGGUCGCGGCCUCGGCGAAAACACGCCGGUCCAUCCAGCGGCCGGUAAGGCAGGGGCCCCGGGUGCGGCCGGAGCUCCAGGACAGCCGGGUCAGCCCGGACAGCCGGGUCAGCCGGGACAGCCGGGCACUCGCGCACCGCCCACAGGUGAUCAGCGUGGCAGGACGGCGUGCCUUGUUUAA